AUGCUUAGUAGUGUAGUGGUAAAGUAUAUAUCUUACACCUCUAGAGGUGGUGGGUUCGAAACUCGUGAUUUGAUGGAGGCUGUACCAGAGAGUCACAAAGAGUUCUUGAGAGAUUUGGUUUGGUUUCACGAAGAGGAUGAUGUCAGUAUAGAAACAGAGAAAGGGCUUAAGCAUUGUAAGUUGAUUGCAGUACAUGCUGGUUUGGAGAAUAACAAGAGCGUUGAAGAACAACUUGAGAUCUUGAGAGCUAAAGACACAAGCAUCUCGAGAAUUGAACCUUUGAGUGGUAGGAGAAACGUUUGGGACAUCCCACAGGAAUUACUGGAGGAUAAACAGACUGUUAUAGUCAGUGGUCACCAUGGGAAACUUCACAUCGAUGGCUUGAGAUUGAUCAUAGAUCAAAGCGGUGGAUACAAGGAUUUACCUUUGGCUGCAAUUGUUCUUCCUUCUAAGAAGAUUGUCGAAGACACAGAUGACUCAUCCUAUAUAUUGUCUUUCUGUGUUAGAGAAGAGCAGCUUGCUGUUUCUUUUGCUCUUUUAUCAUCUUCUUAA